UGGUCACCGGCUCGCCGCGCCUCCGCACACUCAACCCACCAGCUGCCGUCACUUCAGUUCACAUCAGGAGGUGAGCCCCGGGCUCCAGACUAAGUGCUAGCCAUGCUGCGGCAGUCCGAGCCGACUACCAGCACCCUGCACCUGGUUGCCAACGAUAUGACCGGCAUCAUGGAGAAGCUGGACACCCGCGAGCUCGACCUGGAAGAUGGAGAGUACGACACAACGGACGGCAGCGCCUCAGCGGAGCGCUUGCCGUUCUCUGCCAUCUACCACACAGUCGGAUUCAAGGAGCCCGAGGCCAAAGUCUUCCUGUCCUCUCCGAUUACCGCCAAGAUCCUGGAGGUGGAGCGGUUCACCUCGGCUCAGGACCGCUUCAACGUCACCACACAGAGGAGUGUCAACAAGUCUAUGCCGGCGGUGUUUAAGAUUGAGCUGAAACACGGGGAGUUCACGUGGCUGGUGAAGAGGAAAGAGAAACACUUCAUGGAUCUCCACAGAGAGCUGCGGACGUACAAGACCUUCAUGAGGCUGCCGCUGCCGUCACGCAGUCACACGGUGAAGAGGCAGACGGUGGCGAGGAACGAGGUGAGGGAGAUGCCGGCCCUCCCCAGAGGAAGAGGAGAGGAGCUGGGCAGAGAGGAUCAAGUUUCCAGUCGCAGGAAACAACUGGAAGAUUACUUGAAUAAACUGCUAAAGAUGCCGAUGUACAGGAGCUACCACGCAACGAUGGAGUUCAUUGAUGUCAGCCAGCUGUCCUUUAUCCACGAUCUGGGACCAAAAGGCUUAGAAGGAAUGGUGCUGAAGCGAUCCGGCGGCCAUCGGAUCCCCGGGAUGAACUGCUGUGGUCGCAGCAAAAUCUGCUACCACUGGUCCAAACGCUGGCUGGUGGUGAAGGACUCGUUCCUGCUGUACAUGAAGCCCGACUCGGGAGCCAUCUCCUUCGUGAUGUUGGUCGACAAGGAGUUCAAGAUCUUAAUGGACUCCAAAGACACGGAGACCAAACAUGGCGUUCGCAUCGACAGUCUGUCCAGAUCACUGGUGCUGAAGUGCAGCAGCUACAGACACGCCCGCUGGUGGGGUCAGGCCAUUGAAGUAUUCAUCAAGAAGCACGGCUCGGCCUUCCUCACCGAUCACCGCUUCGGAUCCUUCGCCAGAGAGGAAGUGAACAUCCCCGCCAAAUGGUAUGUGAAUGGGAAAACAUACAUGGAGGACGUGGCCGACGCUCUUGAAGAAGCCAAAGAGGAAAUAUUCAUCACAGACUGGUGGCUGAGCCCGGAGAUCUUCCUGAAGAGGCCAGUUGUCGAGGGCAACCGCUGGCGCCUGGACUGCGUACUGAAACGCAAAGCGCAACAAGGCGUGCGCAUCUUUGUGAUGCUGUACAAAGAGGUGGAGUUGGCUCUGGGCAUCAACUCCGGAUACAGCAAGAGAACGCUGUUGCACCUUCACCCCAACAUCAAGGUGAUGCGUCACCCUGACCACGUCUCCUCAGCAGUCUACCUGUGGGCGCAUCACGAGAAGAUCAUCGUCAUCGACCAGUCGGUGGCCUUCGUUGGUGGGAUUGACCUGGCGUACGGUCGCUGGGACGACAGGGAACACCGUCUGACGGACAUUGGGAGUGUUACACGCGCACAGCUGGAGAAGGCUGGAGUUGGCUCUUCCAGCAUGGCUUCUCCGGCCAACGGCAGCAGCACCGUUUCCCAUGACGACAAGAAUGGCGUUUUUACAGUGGCGGACUCAGUGGACCAGCCCAAGCUGAAAAAUCAUGGCAGGGCGAAGAGGAUGUUCAGCAUCAGGAGACACCUGCAGAAACACGGGCUCGCUCAUGCUAACAGCGACAGCGACCUGGAGAACGAAGAGAGUUGGUCCAACAGCGUCACCAGCCAACACAUUCUGAUCCCCAGCAGGCUGGCAGAGCUGAGGACUCCUGUCGGCCUGUGUCAGGCUGGUGAGUUAGUGGCUGCGGUUGUGUUGCGGACCAUUUUGGGCGCUCACACAGAUCCCUCCAUCGACGUGUCGGAUCCCAUCAGCGACCAGUUCUACAAGGAGGUCUGGAUGUCCACCUGCGCUCGCAACGCCACCAUUUACCAGAAGGUUUUCCGUUGUCUGCCGUCCAGCGAUGUCCGUAACAUCCUGGAGCUGGAGGGCUACCUGGCCAAGUUGGGCCUGGACAAGGAGGACCCGGCCCGGGCUCGCGAGGAGCUGAAGAAAAUCCGCGGCUUCGUGGUCCAGUUUCCUCUUCAGUUCCUGUCCGAUCAGAACCUGCUUCCUCCCAUCGGCUCCAAGGAGGCCAUGGUGCCCAUGGAGGUCUGGACCUGAGACAGAGGGACUCCCCUGUGCAUUCAUGUGUUCAUGCACAGCAUAUGGAGGGCGUACAGGUGGAUAAAACCCACUCUGGUGUCAUUUUGGAAGUCCUGUUGGCUGAAAACUGGCUGCACAGCCUUUUUAAAAUCAUGGCAAAAAAAUCUGGUACUGUGGUUUUUUGUUUAUUUGUUUUUUAACUCCUUUAAAUUAUUUUUAAAGGUAACAAAAACAACAAACAGCAGUAUCUGAUAAUAUCUAUUGUAGGACUUGUAGUCACUAAAAAGGUUUUUACUUAGCUGUGUACUAAAGUGGUUCUCAACCCCUGGUCAGUGGACCUGUACUGGCCUAUCAAACAUUUGGUGCGGGGCUGCGAGGAUACACUGUGAUAAUGGCCACAAAAAAGGAAUAAUAAUUACAACUGGAGUGUUUCUGCAGUGAAAACCUUUGAACUUCCCUCAUCAGUCGCUGACACGCUCACAGCUUCAUCAUACUGGUCUGAAAUAAAUAAACAAGAACUCUAGAGAGCGGAGUUCCUUUGGAGCAGGCAGGAGAGAACAAACGUUUGGUUAUAAUAUGCAAAUGUGUGACCUAUUUAUAGCCUCACUUUUAUUUCGGUCGCAACAUAAAAAUGGUCCACAGUGCAAAAGCAGUUGGCAACCCCUGAUUCUUAAAGGAAAACUAAAAUUGGAGCUCGACCGUUGGCUCUUUCAGUUAUAAUAAUGUUGUAGUUACCAACUUUGUUGAUCUGAGCAUCAAACACGAGCAAGAUGACAAACCUCAGAAUUAAACCAAAAAAACAAACUUUUACCCAGAAUAUCAGACACAUAUUGCAGUACGACUUUGACCUUCUGUACUUACUGAAGCUGUGCACUCACUUUCAGUUUGACUUCAGUUUACUUUUCCUGUUUUUGUCAUGUAGCCACAAACCAAGGGUUCAACCCAAAGGGACCAAUAUUAAUAAACAGUAGUUUUCCUUUAAGAUAAUGUUUGAGGUCACAGCUGCUAAUCCUAGGGAAAAUUGGGUUUAGCUGCAGCCUGAGAGGAAGCUCAUCCUGUAAGACUGAAACCAGAGCUGAAAACAUUCUCAUCAUUUAGGAGCAGAGAAUAAGAGACGGUUUAAUGUUUCCUGACUGAAUUAGCAGCCAAAAUGACUUCCAAAAUGGCAUCAGCUGCCUCUGUACCAGCAGCAGUGCCACUGAAUGCACAUGAAAGACAUUACACGCGCUUAAAUAUCACAGACACAGUGUCUUUGGUUUAACAUGGACUCUCGGAAGUGAGAUGUACAAAACAAACAUGAAGAGAAGCCGACGGCGCGUUGAACUCUUCAGUGCCUGACAACUCGGGCCUCGUGUUUACAAGGAAUAAAAGGAAGUGAUCAACUCUGAGUUCUGACACGCCUCCUCCUGGCCUCUCGCCACCAAACUAUUACUCUGUUAUCGCCUCUUUUCAAACGGCUUGCUUCUUCAUUUAGUAACAACACUAUGCAACGUUCAGGGCCGGCGAACGCAGCUCUGACUCUUCUGUGUUGAGAGAGGACGGUUUUGUAAAGACACUAAAGGACACUUUAAUGAAGACAGCAGGGGAUGAAGAGCAGGAUGGUGUUUUCUAAAAACUGUGUCUCAUAUCUCUGAAACCCUGCUUUUAAUAUUUAUGUCAAACAGGAACUCACAAGUGCCAAAGAUGACGGGCGUUAGCCUGAUGUUAAAAGAGUACAUACAUUCAUUCACAUUCCUCAUACUGUGGAUUCUACAUUAAGCCUUAAGUGACCUGUUUUUAUGCUCCGACAUCGUCUUUGUAGUUCCUUUUGGUAACAAUUUAUUUCACAGGAUUUCCUAAUCAUUUCCUGGGAUGUUUUCUGGAAAAAAAAAAAAAUACUAUAAUUUGGUAUUAAUUACAGUAAAUAUUAGUUUGUUAGCCCUUUAUUGUGGGAAACUUUAUAAUAGUUUGCCUGUAGACAAAAAAAAGUCUAGUUAGUAGUUAUUCAGGAUAAAUAACUGAUAUUGUGUACAAGUAAUUAUUUUUCCAGGAAACUGCCAAGAAAUUAGGGACUCGAAUAAAGCCUUACUGUUGUUGUUAUUUUAACUACAUAACCCACAGAUUCAUGCAUGAUAAGUCUAUUACAAUGCUGCGUUUCAUUCACUGUCAGAAGGUGAAAAUUCUUAACCAACAUCCAACUUUAUAUAAGCAGGCAAUAUAAUGCAUGUUGGACAAAGUUUAAGGUUGUACGUGCACAUUUUAUUACACCUUUUAGCUCCUGAAUGUUUAACUAGGGGCAACAGAACAAACUGAAAGCUUCACAUAAGUUGUUGAAUGUGUUUGUAAAGUGUUUGCACAUCAAGCAGAUUCAUGUGGAGACGUGUUCGUGUCCGUCUGAUGCGUGUAAGUCCAAUAUUCUCUGGCUUUUAGCUCUGGUUUUGGUCUCCACCACCUCCUGAGGGAAAUAUCUGGCCCAUAGCUGCUAAAUACUUGCUGAUGAGCAGGUAGUGCACAGCAGGUUUAACAGCUCUCAAAACAGCUGCCUGCUACAUCUGGAAACAAUGCUGAUGAAAGCACUGAGACUGGACCAAAGCUAGAAGCUAUAAGAUGCUUAAAAAGCUCAGUAGUGCUGCAGAGUUUAUGAUAAUUCUCUGUGGGAUAAUCACUUUGAGCAGCACCUUUCAUAGUACAUUUGGUUUAUUGGCUAUCGUUUUCAAAAAUGGAGAAUAUAUAGUGGACUUCGAUUCGCCAGAUCGCAAGAUGAGUGCUAAUGUCGCUCUGUAUCUGCUAGAUGAGUAAAUAAGCAAGUUAACCAUAUCAACGCAAAAGAUGAUGAAACAUCACAUUUGUGUUUCCUGUUGGUUUCUAUCGGCCGGUUUAAGAUACUGAGUAGUGCAGCUUUAAGAUUUUGUCGUGCUAAAGUAUACCAGUUACUGAAUCGUUAGAAGCCGUGCUCUGUGUAGCCUUCACGUUGUAAACUCCAUUGAUUUCCAACUUUCCAACAUUUCUGGAACGCAGCAUCAAUGUUCCUCAGUGUCUUCCUCGUUCGACUGUAAGUGAACUGCAUGAUGCUGUUUUUGUACUAUAAAUGUUACUGAGAGGGGGGGGGGGGAAACAAAAGACCGAAGGCGUAGCUGACCGCAUGACAGCAGCUCGUUGCCAUUAAACCUUACAGAUGAAAAGCAUGAAACGUGCACGCUGAAGGGUCGCCUUUAAAGCCAUCGACGUUAUUGAUGCUAAACAGUGUGCCUGUCUACACGUUGUGGGUCUGCACCUGAAAUGUCUCUCUGUUGCUGUUAUUUAUGGAAGAUGGGAUCUUUACAUGUGCUCUUCUUUUCAUUCUUCCUCUCUACCUCCCUGUGUUUCUACCUCCUGCUCCAGUGCAUGUUUGUGAUGAAUUCAGAUUUAGACAAAAAGAAAAAAAUCAGGAAGCAGCUUCCCCCAAAUUUAACCAGGUGAAGCACUGUAGUCUGAAAAGGCAAAUAAAACAUUGUAGUGAGCUCUUACGUGCAAUCCCAGCCUGUUUACAUCUAAAAAUAAAUAAAUAAAUAAAACUAUAAAGAGAUUUUAAAAAACUGAAGUCUCCUUAGAGAGAGAUGAGUUCAUCAGCAAAGAAGUCGAUUUGGAUGGAAAUGGUUUGAAAAUAUCUUCCAUGAAACCAGAAUAACUGACUGUAAACCAAACGUGGAUACAGAUAUUGUUUCAAAGCUACUGUUUCUAGUGGGAACAGACAUGCAGUGCACAUGGAUUCAUUCCAGGUGUAAAUGAGCCUUCAAACCUUCCAACGGUCGCCUCAGUGUUCCUCUCACCUGUCCUGUCUUUUCGCUGUCUGGCUUCAGUCACACGUGUCUCUAUGAAAAUGCACUAUUUGCACAGAGUGUUGUUUUCUUGUGGCGACCCCUUAAAUGAUCUGCAGUACCACGUCAUGUGUCGCUUUGUGAAAUGAUGGACUAAAUAAAUUAUGUAUUGAUAUGGCAUUAAAAACGAUCUUCUUGACUUUA